CCGGGAGCGUGACGUCGGCAGUUGCGACGCUCGGAGCUGAGCGUGUGGCUCGCGUUCGUUGGCGGCGCGCGCGAGGCCCGGCACCGGCAGUUGGUACCCAGGCGCUGCCGAGCUCGCGCCAACUCUCUCCCUGCGCCUCCUACCAUGUUCCCUGCUGCCCCCGGCUCCCCGCGCACCCCGGGCGGACCGGCCCGCAGGACACUCGGGGCCGCCGCAGUCUCCGUUCCCCGGCCGGGCGGCAGGAAGACCCUGGCGGCGGCCGGCUCCCCGGGGCUGUUCUCCCCGGUGGGGAGGCGGAGCGGCUCCCUGUCGGCGCGAGCAACACCCACAAGGGUCAUACAACAUCCUUCAGCCAGUGAGACUAUCAACUAUGAUGUUAAGAGUUUUGGAUCCUCUCUCCCUGUUAAGGUUAUGGAGGCCCUAAGAAUGGCUGAUGCUGAUGACCUGUUAAGCGUGCAGGUGGAUGAAAGUGGAUGGGCCUGGCUAGUGUACAAAGAGAGGCUGAUUAUUUGGAAGAUUGGUCAAUCACCAGUUGCUAAGUUAUCUGUAUGCAAGGAACUACAGUUGCCAUCCAGUGAUUUCCAAUGGAGUUCUAGCUUAGCAGCUAUAUCCUGCCUCAGUACUUCAAGUGAAGUACCUUCUCUACAGUCUCUGUCAGCGAUGGUUGCCACCAGUGAAGGGUUUGUACGUUAUUGGCCCAGCCUUCUGCAUGAAGGUUCCUAUACGGAGACUUUUACAGACUUUGGCGGCUCUCUGUGCAGUUUUCUAACAGCUGUUAAGGGAGGAAGUUUUGUUUUAUCAUCUUCAAGGGGCCAGCUAGUUCGAUUGAUACCAGACAGUUCUGGUAAGAUCCAUCAGCAUGUCCUGCCACAGGGACAGGGCAUGUUUUCUGGAAUUGGCCGAAGAGUCUCCUCUCUCUUGGGGAUUUUGUCUCCCAGUAAUGAUGCUGCGCUUUCUAGUGUUCUUUACAAAGAGAGAUCAAGCUUUUAUGCACUGACCAGUUCAAAUUUAAACAAAUGGGAGAUAGACGAUUCUACUGAACGUCAAGUUCUCAGCUGGGAUAUCAACAGAAUCCUUAAAGAACACAUCACAGAUGCAAUUUGGGGCUCUGAAAGUAACUAUGAAGAUAUUAAAGGAGGAGUCAAUGUUCAAUAUUUGGAUUUGCAACGAAACCGUGAUGGACUGGUAAUUUUGGCUGCAGCAUGGCAUCUUGGAGACAGUCCAUGUCUCACCUAUUACACUCUCAUAACAGUGGAGGAUAAAGGUUACCACAUGUCUGAUGAUGUUGUUGUGGAGGUCACCCAAUAUAAUCCACCUUUUCAGUCUGAAGAACUGAUGUGCUGUUUCGUGGUCCCAGACUUCUUUAACCAUGCUGCCUACCUGUACACUGAAGAUGAGGUCUUUGCUUGUUCAACUGGAACUGGAAGAAUUUCUUUACCACAGGAGAAAAUUAUAUUUGGUGCACAAGGAGAUAGCAUUUUAGGAGCAGGUUGCUACACCGGAGUUCCCAUUUUUUUCACCAGAAGAAGUGGGCUUGUGGCCAUCUUUUCUAGGGAAAAUGUGUCUGUGCUUCCUGAAGACCUUGAGGAUUCCCUGUCAUCUUCUGUAGCUGGACCAAACAAUGAGGGUUCUGCAUUUGAUGCUACCAGUAGAAUGGAGAUUAUAGCACAAGAGGAUAAAACUAAAUUACUGAAAGCUGCUUUUCUACAGUACUGCAGAAAAGAUGUAAUCAGUGCACAGAGCAUGUUGUUGAGCUCUUUACCAAAUGCAGACCUGGAUUCUGAUACUGAACUGGAUAGAGCUGUAAUUCAGAUCAGUGUAGACUUAGUGGAUGAUUACCCUGCAUCUGACCCACGAUGGGCUGAAUCUGUACCAGAAGAAGCAGCUGGUUUCAGCAAUACAUCCCUUAUUCUCCUUCAUCAGUUGGAGGAUAAGACGAAAGCCCAUUCCUUCUUCAUUGACUUUCUUCAUCAGGUUGGCUUAUUUGAACGUCUGGGCAGUUUUCCAGUAAGAGGGAUGCCAAUGACAACUCGAUUGUUGCUCUGUGAACAUGCAGAAAAGUUAUCAGCAGCCAUUGUUCUCAAGAACCACCACUCCAGACUGCCAGACUUGGUGAACACUGCUAUAUUGAUUGCAUUAAACAAAAGGGAAUGUGAUAUUCCACAAAGUCUUACCCCUGCAGAUGUUUUCUUUAGAGAGGUAUCCCAGAUAGAUACGAUCUUUGAAUGCUUAUUAGAUCACGAGGAGCAAAUCUUGAAGGAUACACCAAUUGAAUCAAUUGAAUGGGCCCAGAUAGUUGUCGAUGUGAAUAACAUCAUAAAGGAUAUGCUACAAGCUGCCAGCCAGUAUCGCCAGUCUAGAGCCUCUUUAUAUAAAACAGGAGAGCUCCCGGAAAGAGAACCUGAAUAUGUUCCAUGGACAGCAUCUAAUGGUCCAGCUGGCAUACGAACAGCAAUAGUACGUCAGCAUGGAAUUAUUCUGAAGGUUGUUUAUCCUCAAGUGGACAGUAACCUCCGUAGCAUUGUGGCUGAACAGUUGGUGGCUCUGCUAGAUUGCUUUCUAGAUGGCUUUGUUUCUCAGCUUAAAUCUGUGGACCGGCCUGCUGAUCAAGAUAGAUACAAUAAUCUGGAAAUGGAAUAUGUUCAGAAAAGAUCGGAACUUUUGUCUCCUCUUCUUUCCCUAGGACAGUACCAGCUGGCAGCUGCUUUAGCAGAGAAGUAUUGUGACUUCGAUAUCUUGGUACAAAUAUGUGAGCAGACUGAUAAUCAGGCCAGACUACAACGUUAUAUGACACAGUUUGCAGAUCAGAAUUUUUCAGAUUUCCUGUUUCGUUGGUACUUAGAAAAAGGAAAGCGAGGAAAGCUGUUAUCUCAGCCUAUUGCUCAGCAUGGACAGCUGGCCAGUUUCUUGCAAGCUCAUGAGCAUCUCAGCUGGUUACAUGAAAUCAAUAGUCAAGAUUUGGAAAAGGCUCACAGAACGCUGCAGGCUUUGGCAAAUGUGGAGACCAGAUACUUUGCAAAGAAGAAAAGUCUUCUUGGCUUGAGUAAACUAGCUGCUUUGGCAUCUGACUUUUCAGAGGAUUUACUGCAAGAAAAAAUAGAAGAAAUAUCAGAACAGGAGCGUUUUCUGUUGCAUCAGGAGACCUUACCUGAACAACUGCUGGCUGAUAAACAGUUGAACCUCAGUGUCAUGCCUGUAUUGACUGCACCUCAGCUUAUCGAUCUGUACAUAUGUGAUGAGAACAGAAGAGCUAAUGAGUAUGACUUCAAGAAAGCACUGGACCUGCUGGAAUAUAUUGAUGAGGAGGAAGAAGUGGAUGUAAAUGAUCUUAAGCUUAAAAUUCUCUGUAAAGCUCUCCAAAGAGACAGUUGGUCCAGUUCAGAAGGUAAAGAUGAUCCAAUUGAAGCAUCUAAAGACAGUAUAUUUGUGAAAAUAUUACAAAAGCUAUUGAAAGAAGGAGUUCAGCUCAGUGAAUAUUUACCAGAGGUGAAGGACUUGCUGCAAGCAGAUGAACUUGGCAACUUGAAAUCGAAUCCUUAUUUUGAAUUUGUGCUAAAGGCAAACUAUGAACACUAUGUUCAAGGACAAGCAUGAUGACUCAACAUUUUUGAAAGUAGAAAUUUCUAAAGAACUGAGUUAAAGCAGUGUAUACUUCUUUACAUUCUGAACGUGCUUCAUUAAACCUUUGUAAUAAAGUUUAUACAGUAAUGUG